CUGAUUGCUUUGAAGCUCCCAGCCCCAGGACUGCGAGUCUUCGCCCAGCAACACGUUGUACCCCGAGGCCUGCAGAGGACAGUCCUGCCUGGAGACUCCUACCACCGCAUGGCUCCCUCUGUGAGUGGGGCUCCACAGCACCUCCCACACAUGGAGCCCACUCUUCACUCCCAUCUCGGCCCUGGCCACGUCACUGCUGAGCUCAGCAGGCGCCCGGGUCACCUCCUGUUUGCAGGGCGACAGCAGGAACGUGAGCGCCCGUCUGCCGGAGAAACCGGAAAGGAGCUCAGAGUGAGCGCAAGGCGGGAGGAAGGUGGGACGGCGAGCAGAGAGAAGGCCGAUGAAAAGGAAGGGCUGCUGCCCGACGCUCGUCUACAAAGCCAGGUUGAGAGGAGGAGACCCAUCUGGACAAAGAGUUGUGCUCUGAAUCACUCCCUCCGGUCGGCAGACUGAACGCAGACUGCCUCCUGCCAUCCUGUGCCUUAUAAAAAAUAGUUCUUAUCAGCCAUUCUGGCCCGGUAACGUCUGUUCCGCCUGACCCGGUUGGUGAUGUCGACCUCCUGGCCGGGACCAUCCCAGUUUAUCGCUCCGGUCUGACGCCACGCACACCCCCGGUGACAAGGACGAGAAAUCUGUGACGUAUUUGUAAACAGAUUGUAACGGAGAUGACGGGGGGGAUGUCAGAUCUGUGCGAUCGUCUGUAUGCCAUCAGAUUCUCGCCCACUUCUUCCUUUCAGGCAUCUUUGGUUUUUCAUCGCGUCCUGAAAUGAAUGUAGACAUAAAUGGCGAAACAUACGAAAAGAAUCAGACUCGGGCUUUUUACUAAUAAGAAGAGAAAAAUACAAUAAAAUCCGAAACGG